GCAUGGAAAGUAUCUCAGAGAAAACAGUUUGGGAUGGAUUAGGCCACUCCUCUCUGACGUCCGCGACGGCAGGAAGAAACAACCUCACUUCCUCCCUCUUCUUCGACUUCACGUCCCUCAACAGUUCUCAUGGAGGGGUGGGGUCCUUCUACGGGAUUAUCCCAGAGAACACCUCAACCACCACGCCCCAUGCCUUACCCCAGCCCAGGGUGAGGGAUCUGGGCCUGGCCCGGGCCGAGAUAGGGGUGCUGGGCCUGGUGCUGGCCCUGACUACCCUGGGAAACGGCUUUGUACUGUGGGUGCUGCUCCGCAGGAGGAAACAAAACGCUCCCAUGCACCUGUUCAUGGUCAACCUGUGUCUGGCUGACCUGGUGGUGGCACUGUUCCAGGUGAGACUGACACCUCAGAGUAUGGAGUCGACUCCAGUUUUCUUGAGAUUGAUCCCAACCCUGUUCUGGUUGCUAGGCACCACAUUGGUGUACUGUAAUCAACAUCAGUAGCCUAUGAGUGAUCUAUGUAAUGAUGACAUACUGUAUGGUGCAGCAAGCUAGGGUGACCCCUCUAGCAUGUUUACUAAUGGCUUUGAUUACAACAGUAUGAAUGAGUCAACUAUUCCCAACCCCUCUAAUGCGCUGACAUACUGGCACCCUUAUGUAUUGAGUGUGGACCUGUCAAGUAAGCACACACUCGCCCACCAUUGUGUGGUGGACUGGGCGCAGUUCUCAAAACACAAUGGAAAUGGCCUGAGCAUUCAAAUAAAUAUUAUUUUUAUUCCAUUGCUUUAGGAGCUAGUCUACUCUGUUUCUAUGUCCACACUAGCAUCAUGUAUUGAUUCAUGGAUUCUAAGUAGUAUGCUAGUAUCUAACAUAGCCAAGUUUAAUAUCCUCCUGUUUCCUGUCCGUCCCUCAGGUGCUUCCCCAGCUGGUGUGGGACAUCACAGAAAGGUUCCAGGGGCCAGAUUUUCUGUGUCGCUCAGUAAAGUACCUGCAGAUCGUAGGGAUGUUUGCGUCCUCCUAUAUGAUCGUUGCCAUGACGGUAGAUCGGCACUAUGCCAUCUGUUGCCCACUGCAGGCCUACCGUGGUGGGUCCGUGUCACGCUGGAACACCCCUAUCAUGACGGCCUGGGGCCUGGCCAUACUGCUCUCCAUACCACAGGUAGGAACACUAUCACUGCCUUCUGACCCUAAUCCUGACCCUAACCCCGACCCUUACCCUAUCAUGACGGCCUGGGGCCUGGCCCUACUGUUCUCCAAACCACAGGUAGGUACUGUAUGGGACACUAAACCUAACCCUAGCUUCAUGUCCACAUCCCAGCUCAACCCUAACCCUAGCUUCAUGUCCACAUCCCAGCUCAACCCUAACCUUAGCCUCAACCCUAACCCUAGCUUCAUGUCCACAUCCCAGCUCAGCCCUAACCUUAGCCUCAACCCUAACCCUAGCUUCAUGUCCACAUCCCAGCUCAACCCUAACCUCAACCCUAACUAUAGCUUC